AUGGAUAGCAUCGAAAUGUCGCAUUAUCUCCAUAAAUUAGGUCAAUUAGCUUUUUACGCACGAAUCUAUCGUAUGUGGAUUAAGCAUCCAAUAAGCUCAGCAAGUGGAUUCAUAAGCGAAUUUCCAGAUGUAAAAGUUCCAGAAGAAAUUCUCGAGGCAUGUCAUAAAGAUUUUAAGCUUUCAAAGGAUUCUAAUUUUAGGAAAGAGGAAGUUAUACGCCUAGUCAACACUCGAAUGUUCGAUUAUGAUAUAUCAGCAUUUCAGUUAUUUUGCUGGAUGACAACAAAUAUGGUAAAAAUUAUGGAGCGUUUACCAUUUUGUAACAUACAACCUAUGUCGUCUUUUGAACACGCAAAUUGGCCAGCAAGCAUAAUAGAACAGAAGACGGCAAUAAGGUUUUCAAAAAACUAUUAUGUAACACUCUUUGGUUUCGAUUUAAAUAGUUACAAAUGUGCGCAUGAAAGUUUUUGCGCAGAUAUUUGCAAGAAAUCACGAUUAUCUUGCCCAAAACAGGGCAAAUGUGAUUUUCCUUUUUUUUACAAUAAUGAUUUCUCCGGUAUGCUAGAAAACAAAUGGAAUAUUUCAUGCCCAUGUGAUGAAGGAUUUAUUUAUAGAUUUGAUGUCAAUCAGUGUGUCGAUUUAAAUGAAUGUUUAUAUACGAACUGUAAAGUGAACGAACAAUGUAUCAAUACGUUAGGCUCAUAUAAAUGUGUAUGCAAUCUUGGAUGCCAGCGAAUACACGACAAAUGCAUGCCAAUAAAAGUGGAACCAACCAACUGGAAUGGUCCAGGCAAAAUUAGCGGGGUUGAGCAACCCUAUAGUUAUCAUGUGAUGCCGAUUAUCAAACUGUAUAGUAGUCUUUUCAUAGUUAUCUUAAGUUCUUCCACUAUUUUUAUAUAA